GCGCCGCUGACCCCUUGUGCGCAGGAGGCAGGGACCGGCGACUGGGUCAGCGCAGGACGCGAUGAUCUGCAUACUGCUGGUGGCUGGACACGGCACGUUGCUGGAGAGUCACAUCAAGAAUGACCGGAGCGGUUUAUACAGCUUCUUAGAAGAUGUUCCCAAAGCUCUGUUACCUGGAGUGGGGGGGAAGAAAAUUCUGGACUUCUGGUGGAAGGCGGUCAACACGAGGCAGCUCUUCAGUGAAGUCUAUCUGGUGACCAACGCAGACAAGUAUAAACACUACGAGCGCUGGGCGACCGCCAACGAUUUCCCCGUGGAGAACAUUAUUAACGAUGGCACCACCACGUACGAGACCAGGCUGGGCGCAGUGGCGGACCUGGAGCUCGCCAUCUCCAGCAAGCGGAUCAGCGAUGACAUCAUGGUGAUUGCCGGUGACAUGUUAUGUGCCGAUCAAAACUUUGACAUCGCCCAAGUGCUGAAGUUCUUCAAGCUGAAGAGCGGAGAGCUGGCAAUCUAUUAUGAGCUGGAGGAGGGUGAGAGCAGCUCUUCGAGGGGAAUUGUGGAAGUGUGCCCGGACUCUCACAGGAUCACACAGUUCCUGGAGAAGCCCAAGCCAGGGGAGUCGUCCUCCAGACUGGCCAGCGUUGUCUUCUACUGUUUCCGGAGUCAAACCUUGUCCACGCUGGAGACUUACUUGAACGCCUUCCCGAGCACUGAGGACCGGGUUCUGGGCAGAUAUAUGGAAUGGCUUAUCAACAUCACCAGAAUUCCCGUGUUCGGGAUGAAGCUGCCCACAGGAUUUCAGCUGAUUGGACAAGUGGGAUUACCGGAUUAUACCAAGUGGUUGGCUCAUUACUCCACCAUGAAAAGUGAACCCCGUGUGAAAUCGAUUACUUGCCGUUCAUAUGCCAGAAUCGGGAUAAUCGGAAACCCUUCAGAUGGCUACUACGGAAAAACCAUCUCCAUGACUAUCUCCAACUUCUGGGCGGAGGUCACCAUCGCGGAAAGCAAGAAGCUGGUUUUGGUGCCUCAUCCGUUGAAUGACCCGACGGAGUUCGGAAGUUUGCUGGACCUGUACUACAUAAGCCGGAAAGAAGGGUACCUGGGAGGUCUGAGGCUGCUGCAGGCCACGUGCAAAAAAUUUUACCAAUACUGCUCGGAGAAAGGGUGGUCUAUGCAGGCUUUCAAGAGUGCUGUGUGGUGGUCUCGCCUGAGGUCCCUGCACUUGCUGGGGACCUCGGGCGCCGCAUCUGUCAAACAAUGUGAAGGAUUGGCCGGCAGCAGCGCCAUCGUGUCGGCGACCCUGAAAUGUCUGAUGAAGUUCUACAAUUUGACGGAUGAUGAUCUUCCGAAGACCGUGCAGCCGAAUUUCAUUCUGGAAGUGGAGAAGGAGGAGCUGUUCAUCACGGCCGGAUUGCAGGACCGAGUCGUUCAGGUUUAUGAAGGUCUCAUCUACAUGGACUUCAGCAGGCCAGUCAUGGAGGAGCAGGGCUUCGGAAAUUACGUCUGUAUGGACAACGGCUGCGCCCCUCCGUUCUGGCUGGCCUAUCUGCGGGAUCCGAGCGAUUCUGGCGUGAUCCACAACAACGUCCGUCAGCGAUGGCUGAGCGGCGAUCCUGAAGUUACCGAAGCCAUGAAGAUAUUUGCUGAGCUGACGGAUAAAGCAAAGGCAGCGAUAGAGCGGAAGAAUUGGACCGAACUGGCGGAGCUGAUGGACCGGAACCUGGAACUGCGGCGGUCCAUAUUCACAGAUGCAUGUCUGGGCCCCGGGAACCUGCAGAUGAUCGAAAUCGCUAAACAGCACGGGUGCGCGGUGAAGCUCCCGGGCAGCGGCGGCGCCGUCAUCGGUUUAUGCUUUGACGCCAAAACACUGGUCGAGCUCAGGAAAUCGUACCAAGAGGCCGGCUUUGUGUUCUGCCAGAUAGCCCCUUACUGCCCCGGAAACGCCAACGCAAAAAGCGAGCCAUCGGAGAAUUAAAGCGCCCGGCACACGUGUAC